AUGACUUACUCGACGAUCUGGAGUCGACACUCUGGUACUGUUCUUUGGAUAUGGCGAGUGGAUUUUGAAUCGGGCUCGUUUGAUCUCGGCUUUAUUUCUCCUUUUGGGCUAUUUGAGUGGAAUCGAAUGCCUUUCGGCUUGAAGAAUGCGCCCCAGAUCUAUCAACGUAUGAUCGACAACGCGCUAUAUGGAUUCACCCGGAUCCCGAAGUCUGAAGAUCAUGGGAGUACUUUGGAUGUGUUUGAGGACAGGGAACCGGUGGAUCCAGGUAAGCCAUCGGUGCUUGGGCGUAGAUCAUACAUCGACGACAUCAUGAUCCCAGCCAAUAACUGGGAUCAACUAUGUGAUCGUGUUGAGGGCUUACUCGAAGCGUGCGAUAAGUGGAAUCUGUCGGUCAGUGUGAUUAGAAGUUUCUGGGGAAUGCCUAAAGUGGAAUAUCCCGGCCAUCGGGUCUCCCACAAUGGACUGGAAGCGAAUCCGAAAGAUCUGUCAGCGUUGACUGAUCUGACAUUCCCAGGAUCACUUAGCGUCAUGCAGUCAUUUUUGGGAAGUCUGAACUACUACAGCCGAAUUAUCGAAGACUACGCGAUCUAUGCGUCAGUUCUGUAUGAAUUACGAGAGAUCGACUUCACCGCGAUGAUGAAGGACACCGUUCAAGUACAGAUCAAACGAGUGUUAGAGGUAGAGAAUGUGGAUCAAGGGGUACACGAGGAUCAAACGAUCGACCACAAAAAACUAUGGAUCUGGGGGCGCAAGAUCUCACUGAAGUCGAUCCGCGUUGGAUCCAUGGCUAUCGGUCUUUCAGUGUGCUUAAAUUCAAGAUCGCCACCACUGCGAUCUUGCGACAUUUUGAUCCAGAAAAGCGAGCUACGGGCAUGGUCUAUGCUAGAAUAUGACAAGGUCUACUACCCUGUGAUGUUUGCGAGCCGUACUUUAAAGUCAAAUGAGCUGAAUUAUGGCAUUGUGAAGAAGGAGGUACUGGCCUUGCUGAGGAUCCUGGAUAUUAACUAUAAUACCUUGGUCGGUCGUCCGAUCAAUAUCCACAACCCUACAGGGACGUUUAGGUUAGUGGGCCGCCCUAUUGUCGCCGUGGACUCUCGAGAUCACCAAAUGUGCAAGGGUAAAGAUGAGAUCCUAGGAGCAUUGACGGCUAGUAUUACGCCUAGAUCAGAGGUUGAUAAGGUGUUGAUCUUGAUUGCCCCAAAAAAGGAGCCACGACACAAGAUCCAGGUUCCGAUCCCCACUGUUGGAGACAACGAGGACCUAUUCGGAGUUAGCUUUGAUGGAUCCGCCCGUGUCAAGAGAGGUGGAGGCGCCUACAGCGCGAACUUGUGGAAAUUGCCUGAAUGGAGGGUGUUGAAGGCUAGAUCGAGCAAUGCUGAAGAUCUGACAGUGAACGAAGCAGAAUAUCAUGGGUUGUUGCUGUGUUUGGGUCUGCUGGAAGGUCUGGAUCCCCAACGUCUGGGGAUCUGCGGAGACUCGAACCGGGUGAUCCGGCAAGUACGAGGUGAGAUUGAUUGUAAAGCAACAGGUUUGACAUUGCUACGCCAGAGGGCUCUAGAUCGACUACGAACUUGGCCAGAUCAUGAAUUGCUGCAUGCUAAACAAGAUUGGAAUGGGAGUGCCGACAACUUAGCAAGUGCCGCGCUGCGACGGCAAUGCGGGAUCGAGGUCGAGUCCGAGCAGGAGAUCCACCUUGAACCGGCUGGACGAGAUCUGGGUGGUGAGCUGCGACGGCAAUGCGGGAUCGAGGUCGAGUCCGAGCAGGAGAUCCAGGAUCUAGUGACCUUGAGCCGGGUGGACGAGAUCUGGGUGGUAGAGGUCGAAGAUGAGACCGGCCAGAUAUCCGCGGAUGAGGAGUCGUGGAUCUCAGGACUGAAAAAGUACCAGGUCGGAGAGAUCCGAGAUCUGACACAUGAGGACGCUAAGGUGUUUGGAUCGAUUGCCAUGUAUUAUGAAAUAGAUCAGUCGGAUCUACUCUUCUACUGUCCAACAACUAAGGAGGCCGUUGCGGAUCGAGACAAGUUAAUGCGAUUAGUGGGACCUGAGACGCUUCAGCAAGAUAUUUUGCAUCACUAUCACACGAGUCUGCAGGGUGGUCAUGAAGGAAUCGGUCGAACCUAUGAUCGGAUCCGCGAUCACUUCCACUGGAGAGAGCUGUAUAAGAGCGUACAGCGAUAUGUGGGGAGUGCGUUGACUGCGAAACAGGCAAAUGACGACCUCGGGUGA